GUUGUCAGUUGUCGCAACUGUCGGGGGCUGGGGCCCCGCACUUGUAUUUUUCAUUUUCUUAUAUGUUGUAAAACAGUUUCUCUCGGGUGAUUAUGGGCAAAGUGGCAGAUUGAUUUGGUCUUUUUUGGGCUCUUUUUGAUACCUAGUUCAUUAUAAAACAAAAUGUGCAGAAUUAUGGCGUAAAAGACAUGUAAAACUUUCUGAAACUUGAAAGUUGCAAUGGAAUACCUUACAACAAAAGAAUGGAAGACUCAGAUGACAGUGCAGUGAAACAUGCCGCGGGGCUCCCGCUCCGCCGCCGAUCGGACUCCCGAAAAACGACCCGAGGCCGUCAAAGUAGUGGUCCGCUGUCGGCCGCUCAACAAAACCGAGAUCGCCAAUGGAUACGACAAGAUUGUUGAUAUCGACACCAAACGCGGCCAGAUUCGACUGCGAAACCCCAAGGCUGAAAAUGACCCACCCCGAGAGUUUACCUUUGACGCCGUCUAUGACGAAAAGUCGCGGCAGGCGGAGCUGUAUGAUGAGACAUUCCGCUCCCUGGUCGACUCGGUCCUGGCUGGUUUCAAUGGCACUAUCUUCGCCUACGGCCAGACAGGCACCGGCAAAACAUACACCAUGGAAGGUAUACGGGAUGACCCGGAACAGCGCGGGGUCAUCCCCAGCUCGUUCGAACACAUCUUCAGUCACAUCGACCGCUCGGAGAACUGCCAGUACCUGGUGCGAGCCUCCUACCUGGAGAUCUACCAGGAGGAAAUACGAGAUUUGCUCUCCAAGGACCAGAACCGUCGACUGGAGCUGAAGGAGCGGCCCGACACUGGCACCUACGUCAAAGACCUCUGCUCGUUUGUGUGCAAGAGCGUCCGGGAGAUCGAGCAUGUCAUGGGAAUCGGCAACAAGAACAGAAGCGUCGGCGCGACCAACAUGAACGAACACAGCUCCCGCUCUCACGCCAUCUUCCUGGUGACGGUCGAGUGUUCUGAGCGCGACGCCGACGGAGAGACUCACAUCCGAGUGGGGAAGCUGAACAUGGUGGAUCUGGCGGGCAGCGAGCGACAGGCCAAGACCGGCGCCACGGGUGAGCGACUGAAGGAGGCCACCAAGAUCAACCUGUCGCUGUCAGCGCUGGGUAACGUCAUCUCGGCCCUGGUGGACGGCAAGUCGUCCCACAUACCCUACCGCGACUCCAAGCUCACCAGGCUCCUGCAGGACUCACUGGGCGGUAACGCGCGGACCAUCAUGGUGGCCAACAUGGGUCCGGCCGCUUACAACUACGACGAGAGUGUCACCACCCUGCGCUACGCCAACCGCGCCAAGAACAUCAAGAACAAGCCCAAGAUCAACGAGGACCCCAAGGACGCGCUGCUCAGGGAGUUUCAGGAGGAGAUCGGCAAACUCAAGGCCCAGUUGCAGGCGCGCUCCUCCGGCACAGGCGCCCGUAAGAAGCACCGCUCGGGCUCGGCGGCACCGGCCCCCGGGCCGGAGACCAGCGCAGAGCAGGCGGUCUCACCCGAGGAGUACCUCCGCGAACAGCUCGAGCGGGAGAGAGCGGCCAUCGUCGGCGACCAGUCCAUCAUCGCUGAGGACAAGGAGCGCCUGCUGCGGGAGAUGCGGGAGAAGGAGCAGCAGCUGGAGCAGGAGCGGCUGGCGCGCGAGCAGCUCGCCUCGCGUAUCCAGGACAUGGAGUCCAAACUGCUGUCCGGCGGGAAGAACAUCGCCGACCGCACUAACAAGCAGCAGCGGCAGCUGGAGCUCAGCCGGCAGAAAAUCAUCGAACAAAAGGCCAAGGAGCGUGAGAUGCUACAGCAGAUCGAGGAGCAGGAGGGCACCCGACUGGACCUGCAGCAGACCUACCAGUCGCUUCAGCAGGAGGUGGACGUCAAGACUAAGAAACUGAAGAAGCUCUUCAACAAGCUGCAGGCGGUGAAGCGAGACAUUUCGGACGCCACCGAGGAGUUUCACCGGGAGCGACGAGAGCUGGAGGAGACUGGUGACGCCCUGCGAAAAGAGCUGAAGCUGAAGACGGUCAUCAUCGACAACUUCGUGCCGCCGGCGCAGCUGAAGGCGCUGCUGGCGCGCGUCCGGUUCGCUGAGGACAGUGAGGAGGGCGGCGACGGCUGGCUGCUGGCGGCUCCGGCUGUCCAGCUGCUCGACGGACGCCCUGUCAGCGCCACCGGCGGGCGGAGACCGGUCUCAGAGUACGCUCGGCGGGCCGGCGCGGCCGGAGGAGGCACCAGGUUCAAGGGCGAGAACAUCAUGUGUCUGGAGCUGGACUCGGCGGCUCGCACCACUCGCGACUACCGCGGUCCGUCGGUGGCGCCGCGGAUGGCGGCAGCCCUCCAGAAGGCGCUCACCCCCACAGAGAGUGUUAUUAGCGUGGACGCCUCGGCGCCGCUGCGACCCGAUGGCUUCCUGCUCCGGGCGUCCCGGAAACCGGCGGCCGCGUCUCACUCGUCUCGGAAGCGGCCCCCCGGCCGGUCGCCGGACUCUGCACAUCUCUACCCUCAGUCGCGCGGCCUGGUGCCCAAGUAGGGGGCGCCACCGCCGACAGCAGCGGCGCCGGCCGGGUGCGGGUGCUCCCCGGCGCCCCGGCCGGCGGACCGCUGCUCUGCUGCUGUGGGUCUCUCAGACGCAGGAGUCGGGUGCGGCUGUGUGCAGCGCGCCUCGGCGGCAGACUGGCGCGGCGCCAUGAGCAGCGCCGGCCGCUGCCGCUCGGGCAGACCGCCACCGCCGAGCGGCCCGACUGUGACGACGACAAGCUGCGGGGCCGGCAGUCGGCGCGGCGCUCACCGACCGACGGCGCGGCGAACCUCACAGACGAGCAGAAACAGCUGCGCCUGAAGCAGCGGCAGGCGGAGCCCGAGGACGGCGGCCAGCGGUGCGUCCUGUACCGGCGGCAGUCCAGCGAGCAGUGGGACCAGCUGACGGGGCGGCUGCGCCGGCUGGUCAGGGGCGAGCUGGCGCGUCUCACCCACCGCCCCCGCCUGGGUGACCUGGGCGGCGGCACCGCCACCCCGCCUCUCCCGCCGGUCGGUGCUGGGGCGGUGGUGGCACGGCCGGCAGUGCGGGGCGCCGCCCGGCGGCUGCUGCGGGGACCGCGGAGCCGGCUAACGGCGGCGGCCGCCGGGCUGCGCCGCUGUGGGGUCUGCGCCGGUCUGCGGCCGCGCGGGCUGCCCGCGACCGGCCGGCGCCCGCUCAGUCCCUCCCGGCUGCGGGCCGUGUACCAGACAGCCGCGCUGCUGGGCGCCGCCCUGCUGCUGCUGCGACUGCUGCUGCUGCUCUGCGCCUGCUGCGCCCUGCUGCCGGUCGGAAGCUAGGUCAGGUGAGCCCAGUCCGCCCACAGGUAACACUCAGAAAUUCUACCGGAACAAACUGGAUCAAACUGGAAAUUGUCAGCUCUAGCCUCUAACAUUGUGGUGGUUUUUCACAGUUCUCACCGUUUUUGCCGCACAUCACUGGUCACCGUUCUGGUUUGUGUUGCCCACGAGAGCGGCUGCGCACUGGGCCGCGUCCGCCCGGCCCGUCAGUUUGUCUGUCUGUCUGCGCGGCUCCGUCCGACUCUGUCGUCUGAUAGACCCCUGAGGGGGCAUGUGCUGUGUCCGGCGGGAUUUGCCCCGCCCCCACCCUCCCCCUUGGGGAGAUAUGUAGUUUCACUCCACAAGAAGCUGGGGUUGUCAGGUGCUACUUUAGUCCCAAAUCUUUGUAUUGGGGCUGUAACUCCACAUUGUGCAAUGGUUGUGUGGUGUGAUCGUUAUGUCAGUCCUCAGACACCUGCCUAGGGUGAUCUUAUAGCCGUUGUAUGCGACACUGUUUGGAUUCCUCGUCCCUAGAGGAAAGAGAUUGGAACACUGUAUAUUUAAAGGACGCCUAUAACUUAUUACGGGUGCUCGAGGUAGUUUCUGCAAGAAAGCAGUCACCCUUUCUAGUGUCUAGUCAGUUUUGAUCUGAUUUUAGCAUAUUUUUAUUGGUGUUCUUUUCCCGAAACGUGAGAUUACAGAAGACACGUAGUAUAGUAAUUUAUCUGAGAGAUAAUUGAUAUUUAAGAAUUUAUUUACAUUCAUGUGUCAUUUUUGUCGAUUGAAUCCCUUAGCAGGAGUGAUAUAAGUAUUGAGAUUCCGUCCGGGGCCUUGUGGAGCUGCCGGUAUAUUUUUGACGGCACGUCUGGGGUCAGUGUGCCGAUAUUAUUCUCAGACAGACAGUCACAUGCUGCUACUUAAGCGUGUCACAUUGCUACUGUAGCAGGACUGCUACCGUAUCUAUCCGUUUGGCACUGACAUGUAGCUGCCGUAGCUACACAUUUGGCUAUGUUAGGUGUGGCAAUGAUACGAGCAGGUAGCGGCAGCGCCCUUUUAUUGCAAAGUUGGCAAUAUAAAUGGCAUUUCACUCCUAGAACCCACCUGGCUUUAUUCCUGGUGUUAAAGUUGCAAUGAAAAUUGUGCUCCUUUUUCCAAAAUUACUGGAAAGGCUCCUCUGAAUGUUCCUGCGUAUCAAUGCGUCAAUAUUUAUUUCAAUCUACUUAUCUAAGAUUUGCGUGUUUCUCUAUGAAGCGGGUAGUGACAUGAUGUGACAUGACAUACUCCUCAGGGGUGUAUGUUUGUUUUAUUUAUUACGUCACCAAAUAGUACGAUGAACGUUCCGGUUUGUCUGAAAUGAUGUUUCCUUCUCCAUAUAUUUACGUGAUAAGACAAUAUUUAUGUCGUACGUUAUAGCUACUAGGGUACUUUGUUCCGUAUGACUACUUUGUAAACAGUUUUACUCGCCCCUCCUGCGAUGACUUUCAACUGCCACAUAUUUCAAGUAUUAUUUUACCGAUGAGUUAUAUUGCAGAGUGAAGCUGUAUCUUUUAAUAGUCGAUAGACACACGGUACCCCGUUCUUUCUCUGAUUGGUGUUGUCUCAUAAUUAAAGGUAUUGUGUUUCUGCCACGACCAGAUAACUAUUUGCUGUCGGUUGUUAUGUGCUGUGUUGUUGGCCCUGUGACAAACGUUAUCGACUUCAAAAUACACCUUCUGAUGAAGCUA